UUCAUUCAAUUAUUUGAUUGCAAACAAUUUGUCUCAUCAUGCCUGAACCCGCCAAAGCUGCGCCCAAGAAGGGCUCUAAGAAAGCCGUGACGAAGACCGCCGGUAAAGGUGGAAAGAAGCGCAAGAGGACCAGAAAGGAGAGCUACGCUAUCUACGUGUACAAAGUGCUGAAGCAGGUUCACCCCGACACCGGUAUCUCCUCCAAGGCCAUGGGCAUCAUGAACUCGUUCGUCAACGACAUCUUCGAGCGCAUCGCCGGUGAGGCUUCUCGUCUCGCCCAUUACAACAAGCGCUCCACCAUCACCUCCAGAGAGAUCCAGACCGCAGUGAGACUGCUGCUGCCCGGAGAGCUGGCCAAACACGCCGUGUCUGAGGGCACCAAGGCCGUCACCAAAUACACCAGUUCCAAGUAGAGCUCUGACGGAGACCAACACACAAAGGCUCUUUUAAGAGCCACACAUCUCACUCACUUAAAGAGCUUCCUGUGUGAUAUAAUUACAGUACGGAUGUUAGUGAAACUAACAAGCGGGACAACGUUACAAUUAACAAACUAGCAUAACAUAUGUUAUAUUUGUGUGUCCGUGUUCAAUCCAUAAGUACGCAAUUCUCUAAAAUCUAAUAUCUAAAAUGGGAUAAAUAACACUGGUGGUUCUCUGCUCAUUCUGAUAAAAUGCUUGCUAAAGAGCAAGACAUUGUGUGUGCAUGUGUGUUCCGGUCUGACCUUUGUUUGCAUGCCAUAAUUAAUCUCUGAAGAUUGUUCUGACUGAAACAUUGCACAUUAUGUUAGUGUAAUUGUUAAUUUUGGAUUGUAAGCAGAGCUGCCCACAAACUCUGAGUACUGGCUCCUCCUGAUGGAAUGGCAAACUAUCUUCAAUAAACUUAC